ACAAAAAUUGGAAUUGUUUAAUUUGGUACCUGAUCGUUCCACUUUGAUUUACGAUAUACAUAUGAACACAUUCAUGUCUAACUAAUACUCUAGGAUUUAAAUGUUCAAAGCGGAUCGUAUAAUGUUUACUCUACAAACAUUGUAUUCGACUUUAAGAGGUAAAUCAAAUUUGAUUUUAACAGAUAUUACAGGUGCUAUUUAAAUUAAAGUAAAUUGUUCUGAAUGCAAAAGGGAACUAUCUAUUUUAAAGACCCUAUUUAAAAGUGAUAUAACAAUUCAAUCCAUUAUGGCUACUUAUAUAUCCAUAAUGCAUUAGACUUUCAUUCAAUUUCCUUAGGUGUUCAAAUAGUGGAUUUUAAAUUUGCGUAUGCAAUGGGUCUUUUAUGUAAAUUGGCUAUAAAUUUCAAGCAACGUUCGAGGAUCUUAAAUGAAAAAAUGCUAUCGUAUCUGCGUAACUAACCAAAAUAAAAUAUGAAUAUAUAAACUGUUUAAAUUGAUGGGUGUUGCCCAGUGAUAAGCAAACUGGCAAAUGUUUAAGAGUUGAAUGAUGGAUUUAUCGCGAACAGAACUAUACAGGGCUAUUAAGAACCCGAGUGUUUCUUGCAAUGCAUUGUGGAACUUAUGUUAUGAUUUUGUAAAUUCGAAAAAGAACAUCAAUGUUUGUGACAAUGAAAGUAGACAGAAUUUCCUGCACGUGCUAUGUGCGCACGGCGGUCAGCUGACUAAAGCAGUGGGUGUAAAGGUGAUAUACCUUAUAGGUAGCAGCGGAAUACAUCUCGAUGCACGAGACAAUGUUGGCGACACAUGCUUGCACAAGGCAGUUAGAGUGCCCGGAUCAUACAGGAUUAUAGAAGCGCUGAUGAGAUGUGGUGUAGAUCCACUCGUGCGGAAUGAUGCUGGACAAACGGCAGAGGAUAUUCUUAAAACGGAAAAGCCCGAACAUUGGAAACAUACCCUGCACUGGCUGACCAAGUAUAGCCCAGGUCUGUACUAUACCCUAAAUGAAAAUGACGUAGAUGUCCAGAAAGUUGAGCGCUUAUUGAAAGGAUGGUGUCGCACGCGACUUCCGCGACCAGACGGACAGGAAGUUGAUUUAGUCAAGGUCGUUGAAACAGCAGACGAUAUCCAUUCUCUACUAAGAAAAUAUAAUGAAACAAACGAAUUUGCAAUUGCUAUGCUGGCUGGAAAAUCAUACCAUACACAAGGUUCCGAUGUUCAUAUAGAUGUUCAAACAAAAGAUCAUAUGCACGAGACAGAGGGUCCACGUGUCCAGACAAAUCCAAAACCGUUGCUAAUGGCAGCAUGGGAAGCCCACAUAGAGACCUCUGUAGAAACCAUCCUUGCAAUGGGCGCCAGCACAACCGCAUUGUUCUCUAAAACAGGAACCAGAACAGACGCUGAGCCAUUGUUUUUUCAUCUCAUCGCAGACGAAAAUAGACCUCCAGAUUCCAUCAUACACAAAGUCCUCAUCGUUUCUGACAUGUCACACAGAAACCAACGCGGUCAAACUUUAUUGUUCAAAGCAAUUAGCAAUGAUUUCUCCUGUCAGUUCAUUAAAGCCCUUUUCAAAUACGGGAUCGACGUGGCCGCGAGGGACUACCGGGGGCGGACGGCACGGGAUUACGCCGAACAACUCAAGAGAACGAAAUAUUUGACGGAGAUUGACGAACAUGUGAUAGACAUUGUUAAAUCUUGUGACAAGGAGAAGUUAGAACAUUUAAUUUAUCAAAAUUACGAUCAUAUACUAGACAUAACAGAUAAUAGAGGCAUUAACGUCAUCCGGGCAUUAAAACGUCAUUUCACACGGAACAACAAUAAAGACGAAAUUAUGACGUUAAUUGAGAAACUAAUAGCCAUUCAGCACCACAUUAUGCUGAUGUUCAGAGCUACAGACACGGGUGGAACAGACGAACUACGGCGCCUCGCCAGCCGGAAGUUUGCAUCGGCACGUGACAAAUGUGGGCGUACCAUUCUACACAAAGCGAUACUCAACAAAAAGAAAGACAUGAUAAAGUACAUUGUUCAGAAUUAUAAACACAUCAUCGAUGAAAAAGAUAAUGUUGGUAGAUGCGCGUUACAUUAUGCAUAUCUGGUAUCAGAAAGCACAAGUCUGGUAAAUUAUCUUCUGCUGCAUGGAGCUAAUCCAAUCAACGCCGACUGGGCUGGUCGGUAUCCAGGACAAUAUCAUAUCGGAAGUUGUGGGAAAGAUGAGUAUGUCCGUUUACAAAGGUCAAUGUAUGGUUUUACAAUGGACGUGUACCUUGCCGAGACAAACUUCGAACAAUCACUACUGAAAGCUGUCAAAAAAGGUGACGUUCUGGGCGUUGAAGACCUGGUGGUCGGUCUAGCUGACAAAGGGGACAUCAAUCGCUACGCCAAUAUUCUCUUCCAUUGUGUAGAUACAGGGAGACAACACAUCGCAGUAUAUCUAAUACAGCAAGGCAUGCGAACAGAUAUAUAUAAACAGUACGAGGAUUGCAAUGCACGAAAUUCUGCAUGUUCCACGUACACGUGUGACCAUGACCUGACGUCACUUUACACACGCGCUAAACAGCUCAAACGUUAUGAAAUUUUGAAAGCCAUUGACAAAGCCUCAUUACACAAAUCUUCAGGAGAAAUGGAUGGGCGGCCAUCAAUAACAAAACCUUCUACAAUGGACCAACUCUCAUUGCUCGGGCUUGUAUAGAACGUGCAAUUGAUAUCACUCAUUUUUGAAUGGUC